CCUCACGAAGAAGAAAAAUAAACCAAUGUGGAGGGAGUUGCGAUAUUAACUUCUAAUACCGUUUCUCUUGCUCAAAAUGAACAUUAAAUCUUGUCUGAGUCGGUUUGACGGGCAGUCGAAGGUGUUGGUCCGGUCAUUGCUGUCUGGAGUUUCCGGUGCUUGCAGGGCACUGGAUGUUUUCCGGAGACAGCAGCGGACAAACCGCGACUUGUCAUGGCCCAACUUGUUAGAAACCCUUUGUCGAGACGAAAUCAUCUGCCCGGGGAAGGAUGACCAGCCUCUUGCCGUAGAAGCCCUGGUGUGCCUGUUUCCUGCAUUGUUCAAACAAAACCUGUUGACAUUCAUCUACCUGAUCCACUCACUCAUUCCCAAAGCCACUGUCCUCCGUCUACUUCAGUGCCUCAGUCAGGACAACAGUCCUAGUUCUUGGGUCACUGCAUUGACGAGACAACUGGAGAGAAAUCUAGGCUCCCCCGGUGAAGAGCACCUGUACACACCAGUGUGCCACCGCAGACUUGAGGAGCUGUCACAACGAUUGGAUGGCGCGACUGCAGGGUGGGCUGAGUGCUUCAGCAUUGAAAUGGAGGAAUCUCAGACUGCGCCCUCUUUGCUGGACUUAGGAGCACGAAAGAAAAGGAAGGGUAACUUUGAUAUUCAGGAGUCAGAUGAGGAAAUAUUGCAACAGAGCAAGCGAGUGAAGAUGGAUGAAGAUAGUGGGGGACAUGUGCGUGAAGAAGAACAAGCGGUUAGUGAGGAGAUGGUGGAGGAAUUGGAUAUGCAGGCAGAAGCACAGGAAAACACUCAUCAUCAUCUGCCUGAUCACCUGAAGGUGGCAGAAGAAUUGGAGGGGGAGGCUCCAAGUGAAGUGCCAGCACAGGAAAACAGCCAUGAUUUUCUGCCUGAACAUAUAAAGGUGUCUGCUCUCCAAAUCAAGGAAUUGCUGGAAAGCCAGACAGAGUGGGACCAGAGCGCUACAGACGUGUUUAAAAUAUUGAAUAACUGUGACCCCAAACAAGUGGCGGUGCUGUGUUCCAUGCUCAGUUUGUCCGACUUAGCAGAGCAGACUCUACCUAAAUUUUGCAGCAGCAUACUGGCUCUCUCACCUGACCUCAGCUUCAGCACGGCAACAACGCUCAUCAAGAAUCUCCUGCUGCACAAGGUCCUGUCCCUCUCCGAGCCGGCCUCGAGAUCCCUGGUGACCGUUGUGAUGUCACUCUGCAGCCGCUACACGAGAUCAAUGUGCCACGCCUUGAUUGGACCGGUUCUCGAAGAGGAGAGUUUAGGGAGUGCACAAGCUGAGCUCCUGAACAAGCUCAUAGAGGGCUGCCUUGAUUCCCACUACACGCUUCUAGUGCUUCAAAUGACAUUCAAAAUAUCAUGGAGCGAGCCGAUGCUUUCUAUUAUACACACCUUGCUGGACUCCAAGCCUAAUAUGAAUGAAGAGUUGUUCACCCAGUUGACUGCACAGCUGGUUCGCCAGGGUCCUCGAUUCACAAAGUCUGUGAACUUUGCCAAAAUGUUGUUGGCUAUCCUCACUAAAUAUGGCAGCUUUGUGAAUGCUACAAACAGAAAUGACUUAUCUGGAUGCCUGAUGAUCCAUGAGACAUUUCUAAAAAAGUCUCUCCAAGCUGCAUUGAAAAGAAUCCCAUAAAUAUGUGUACAGUUUUCUAUAAAAAUACUGUUUUUUGUUCACAGGUCAGACAUGAUGACCAAGGACGUUGAGAUAUUAAGUUUAGUUAAGAUUUCAUUUCUUUAAUAACACUGUUUAGAUUACCUAUAUCUUUUGUAGUGUGUACUGUGCUUGCAAAGGUUCAUUUCUGUCACACGUACAUAUGUAGAUUAAGUGUUUGACCUUGAGAUAUUAUAUAUAUAUAUUCUUUACUCAUUUAUUAAUGGUGCAAUGCACCGACAAACAACAGUAACAAAAAAUAAAACUGGAUAGGCCUCAAAAGGUACUUACUUCAGCCUUCUCCUUUUUUUGGACCAGAAAAAAUUAACGACAUUUUGAAUAUUGUGUAUUAUUUAGUCAUUUUUAUAAAUGUAUGAUGUAUAUAUUUUUUUCCUUUGUUUUUCUUGCCCAUGUUUUCGUUUUGUUCAUAUUACAAAAAAUAAAACAGUAUAAUAUACAAAU